CGUGACAUGCCCCAUGGGGCCCCGCCACUCGUUAUGAUUGUCAUACGGGUCCAAUUCCUCUGGUUCUGUACUCUCGCAUGUUCGCAAAACGCCGCGUGCACAUUAAAGCUUAUCAGCGCUGCUUUAUCGCGACCAGCCGAUUCCAAACAUGAGCUUCCAACCAUAUUCAGAGCAAGACAAUGAUGAAGAGUCACCUACCCGCCUCAAUGGAGUCCAUUCAGACGAACCUCGGCCUGAGAAACGCAAGCGCACCAGCAAAGACGACCCCCAAGGACCUUCGUGUUCUCUAUGUCGCAGGCGAAAGGCAAAGUGCUCAAGAGAUCAACCAUGCGGCACUUGUAUCAAGCUCGGUAAAUUUCACUUAUCCUUCAGACUUGACCGACUGACAUGUUGAAGGUGCCGAAUGCAUAUACGACCAGGAAAAGUCAAAGCCAGGCAUGCGAGCGGGGGCUAUUGAGACAUUGACUCAGCGUGUAGCGACGCUGGAAAAUAUGUUUGUUGGCCAGGGAGUUCUCUGGCAGCAGAUCUGGAACAGCAUCAAGCAACCAAACAACCAAGAGUACGGGCGAACCCCAGACUCCCAUCCAGAAAUUUCAAUCCAGCAGAUGGCAUCUGAUGUCCGAAGACAUCUCACUGAAUUACCAUUAUCGGAAAUCGGUCAACAAGUGGAUUCGGUAGUUGAAGGAAUUCAACCAGGAAGCACAUUCGAUGCAACAAAUACGCACCGGCCAAAAAAUACCCCCAGUCUUCAACACCAGGUUAACCUGGGUACCCUCCCUCCAGACGAUCUAGUGGACUCCAUGGUCAACAUCUACUUCAAUCAGAUCCAUCCUUGGAUACCCAUGUUACAUGAGCCAACAUUUCGAGGGCUGCUCUCCAAUCCUUCAGGAAGAGCGCGAUUAUCGACAAUACUCCACGCGAUAGUGUCUCUCUGUAUACGAUUCUCAGAUGAUCCACGGCUACAGAACGCUCCAGAACUCCGUGGUCAAUAUUCCACUAGCUGCCGCCAGACAGUCAUACUUGCGAGUAUGGAGUCCUUUUCGGUCGAGAACUUGCAAGCAAUGACCAUUUGUGCAUUUGACAUAAUUGGUAGCGGCAGAGGUCCCUCGGCAUGGUCCAUAGUCGGCAGCAUGUCUAGAACCGUUGAACAACUACGCCUCAGCACUGAGGAGGAGGAGACCCAGUCACAUCAGUCAAGGUCAAAGGCUCUAAUCGAGAGGGUGGCCUUCCUCCCCCCAGCGUCGACAUGGGCCGAAGUAGAAGAGCGGCGCCGCAUCUUCUGGAAUGUAUUUCUCAUGGACCGCUUCUGCAGUAUCUGCACUGGCUGGAACCUCUCAUUAACCAGUGCUGAUGUCACGAGGAGGCUUCCUUGCGAGGGCGCUAUAUGGGAGACCGGAGAACCAAGCCAGACUCCUACUCCCUACUUUGGAAUCUCGACUCGGUCCCACGACCGUGAGAAAGAUUAUUUACCAGCCACUCGCGAUACUGAAGAUGGCCAGGCUUCUCUCGGAGGCUUUGCCUUUUGUAUAGAGGCAACGGAGAGUCUGAGCCUUGUCACAUCGUUUUUUCUUCAAUACCGCGUUGAUUUCAAGGAGGUCCACGAAGUACAGAGGUGGCUUAUGAGAUUUAAGCAGCUGGACCUGCGGCUCGUACAAUGGAAAUUCUUUCUUCCUGAGAAAUGGCGCAAGGCUUGCCAGUUCAACAAUGACGGCAACUUGGAUCCCAAUCUAGUCCUUGCACACAUAGCGCACAACACUGCCGUUGUCCUCCUACAUCAGGGCUUAGCGUAUCCACCAGCAGAAUGGCAGUCUCUUCCUGUCAGACUACCUUCUUCUUCUAGCGCAGAAACUUGUCAGGUCGCGGCUGACGAGGUUGCCACAAUAGCAGAGCAAUUCCUUGGUCACUCACAUGUACUUAUCAGUCCGCAGUUUUCGUUUUGCCUUUUCGUGUGCGGCAAGAUGCUGCUGACUCAUGCCGCAUACUACCAGUCCACUCUAACUUCAUCCUUUGACUCGAUCAUAUCGAGCCUCGAAGAGAUAUCUCGUAGGUGGAACGGGGACCAGCCUCCAGCCCGAGCCAAUCUGGCUUCUAAAUUCUGCUCGCGCCUCAAGAAGGCUCGCAUUGAAGGUUCCAGUGCGGUCGACAUCCGGGAAGCCUUCUCCGAGAAGCAAGACGCUAUUGCAUCAUCAAGAAGUGCGGAUGUCAACUUUCGUAGUACAGGGCUUCAAAGGAUGAGCGCUUCAACUGAAGCAACAGUACCAGGCGCAUUAGAUGGAGAAAUCGGCAUUAAUGGUACUCAGACGGAGUCGCCCGAGAGCAUUUCUCUGGCUUUCCCGCCACUUCCACUGUCAUUCCAGAUGGGUAGCGCAACCCACGAUUCAAUAUUCGCCGCGCAGGCAAAGCCAGGUAACGACAUGGGACAAGUGGUCGGUACGGAUAUGAAUAUGGCAGGGAAUUGCCUCGACUUCUAUGAUCUCUCAGAGCAGACGUUUCUUCCAUCAGAACGCGUUAGUAUGCUGAGUCGCUCGUAUAUUGGAGACUGAUGUAAUCAUGAAUAUGAGCUUCAGCUGUAACGAAUAGCACAUGUGUCUCACCAGUGAAUGAGUCGAUAUGUUCUGAGAAGCAUUCUUAUGGAAACCCCUGGCUGUAUGUUGUUGAAGUAUCUCUCGCAUCGAGUAGAUUAUUUCAUACAUAGUAAUAAAUAAGCUUAUUGGCUUUUUCGAUCU